CUUUCGGAGAAAGGGCCAGAAGGGGAAAGUUUAGGUUUGGCUUCGUUGACUGGGACGCGUGCAGCCUUGCGCAUCGGUAACAGCGUUUCAGAGCGUGCCAGCCAGCCAAGCCUGCCGCAAGCGGUGCCCGGGAGCUGCGAUGCCCAUGCAACUGGCGCUUCUGUCGCCGCUCCUCCUUCCUUUCCCACCAUGCCCGAGUGUGUCACGUCUAGACGCGUCCCCCACUCCGGUUGGAACGUUGCGGGCACCGGCGCUCGGGCCUUGGAACGCUGCGUCGCCCGGCGUUCGAAACCCGCCGGGCCCCGCAGCUCCCCGCGCAGCGUGUCAGGCUCUCGCGUGUCGUCGAGCGCUCCCCCGCGCCUUGACUCGCGCCGCUGGUCAGAAUGAGCAAGGACGGCAGCCAGGAGGGGCAGAGCGCCGGACGCGGCAGCGGCGGAACCAGCCCUCUGCGCCUGUAUCCUAAGUUGCCCGUCUGGGUGGUGGAAGAUCACCACGACGUUCUUCCUUUCAUUUAUCGAGCCAUUGGUUCAAAGUACCUUCCUGCCAGUAACAUCAGCUUUCUCCACUUGGAUUCCCAUCCGGAUCUUCUUAUACCAGUGAACAUGCCUGCAGAUACCGUAUUCGAUAAAGAGGCUUUAUUUAGUGAUCUAAGUAUUGAGAAUUGGAUCAUGCCUGCUGUGUACGCUGGUCACAUUUCGCAAGUGAUGUGGCUACAUCCAGCUUGGGCUCAGCAAAUUGAAGAAGGUACCCAUCAUUUUUUAGUAGGCAAGGACAUCUCCACGACUACAAUGAGGGUUACAAGCACCGACAACUACUUCCUUUCUGAUGGCCUUUAUGUUCCUCCCAGUCAACUGGAGAACGAGAAGUCCCUGCAUCUGAGUGUCCGCCUUGUGCAUCCCUCUGAAGUCCCAGGGAACCAGGAGGAAAGCCCAGCUCUCCCUUCUGCUAAGAAGCUCAAGUUGAGCAGGGACAGCACAGCUCCUGCCACUGCUGCCUCUUCAUCGGAGGCCACGGGGCCCCACGACUCCCCCAGCUGUGCAGACACACAGACUGCAGACCUGGAGAGGAGAGUCCCUGAGCAUGAGAAGCCAGACAGUGACCAGGCACCCUCCGCAUCCUGUUCUUUUGGGAAUCACACGUGCCAGACGACUGAGCUCGUCAAAGAUGUUCUCCAUGUGCUGCAAAAGGGGGCUGCUUAUGUUCUAGAUAUUGACUUAGAUUUCUUCUCUGUUAAGAAUCCUUUCAAGGAAAUAUACACUCAGGAGGAAUACAAGAUCUUACAAGAAUUGUACAGUUUUAAGAAGCCUAUCAGCCAUUCAUCAGAGGAGGACUUGCUAGAUUGUGUUGAGAAUCGAAUCCACCAGCUGGAAGAUCUGGAAGCAGCUUUUGCUGACUUGUGUGAUGACGACACUGAAGAAAAUCUGCAAAGAUGGGCUUCAAAUCCCGGGAUGAAGUCUCUUGUUCCACUUGUGCACAGCCUGAAAAAUCGAACAGGAACUCCUGAUUACGAGAUGGUCCAUCAAGCUGGCCUUACCUGUGACUACUCUGAAAUUCCUCACCAUGUCAGCACCAAGCAAGAGAUAGACAGUCUCGUACAGUCCGUAAACCACCUCUUGAGGAACUUGCCAAAGCCAACCCUUGUGACAAUAGCUCGGUCCAGCUUGGAUGACUACUGUCCCGCAGAGCAAGUAGAGUUCAUACAAGAAGAGGUCUUGAAUGUGCUGCGCUCGGCAUUUGGUGCCCUGGACGUUCACUUAGAGUACUUGCAAGAUGCUUGUCCUGCCGGAGCAAGUCCUGCAUCCACAGCAUGAUUGAUACAGAUACAAUCAUGGGUACAAAAAUGGAAGUGACAAAACUCUGGUUCCCCCCCCCCCCCAUGGCUUCCUUAGAGAAUUGCCGGCUUUCUGUGAGUGUUACACUCCCCACCCAAAGUCCCUUUAAUUCUUCAAACAGAGAGUUUCUGUUGUAGUUAUCACUUGUGUUUAUUCCUGAUAGUUUUGCUUAUAGGAAGACAAUAAAUGACCAGCAAAUAGCUCUUCCUGGAUUUUUGCAGGAGUCUUUCCUACAAACAGGGAUUUGAGAAGAGAUCUCAGAUUUUGCUGUAGGAUCACUGAAUUGAUUUCCCAGUUUAUUUUUGUUGACAGCACUACUGAAAGAUUGGCAUUUUGCUUUAAAGCAUUGACUAUCUUAGCUGUGUUCUUUGUCUCUUGUAUAUUCAUGAUUUGUUUAAAAUCACAUUUCUAUCCUGUCAUUUUUCAGAAAAGCUCAGGAUGGCCUUCAUGAGGUUAUUCCAGUCCAUUUUCCUACUAACUCUGUGAUGUAAGAUAGAAAUGCUGAAAUACAAUAACUUGUCCAAAGCCA